GCGGCGGCGGCGCGAGGGCGGCGGCGCGUGCGCGGUUGACGAGCUCGCGCCGCUCCUCAGCCGUCCUUGCGGGCCGGGGCCGGGGCCGGGGCCGGGGCAGGGCCAGGCCGGGAUGGGCGCCGCGGGCGGAGCCGCUGCGCCGGCGAGCGGGACCCCGACGGUCAGUGCCCGCGGGGGGAGCCCCGCUAACGCCGGUGUGAUGGACAGGUAGCAGAAGAUUUCACUUUGAUAUCAGGGAAUCAGAAUGACCGAGUGCUUCCUGCCUCCCACGAGCAGCCCCAGUGAACACCGUCGGGUAGAACACAGUGGGGGUCUUGCUCGUACUCCCAGCUCUGAAGAAAUCAGUCCUACAAAAUUCCCUGGGUUGUACCGCACCGGUGAGCCUUCGCCACCUCAUGACAGCUUGCAUGAGCCUCCAGAUAUAGUAUCUGAUGAUGAAAAGGAGCAUGGGAAGAAGAAAGGAAAAUUUAAGAAGAAAGAAAAAAGAACCGAAGGUUACGCUGCCUUUCAAGAGGACAGCUCCGGUGAUGAGGCUGAAAGCCCUUCCAAGUUGAAGCGGUCCAAGGGAAUACACGUCUUCAAGAAGCCCAGCUUUUCCAAAAAAAAGGAAAAGGAUUUUAAAAUAAAAGAGAAACCCAAAGAUGAAAAACACAAGGAAGACAAGCAUAAGGAAGACAAGCAUAAAGAGAAGAAGUCAAAAGACUUAACUGCAGCAGAUGUUGUAAAACAGUGGAAAGAGAAGAAGAAAAAGAAAAAGCCGAUUCAAGAGACAGAGAUACCUCAAGUGGAUGUUCCAAGCCACAGACCUGUGUUUGGCAUUCCUUUGUCUGAUGCAGUGGACAGGACCAUGAUGUACGACGGCAUCCGCCUGCCAGCAGUUUUCCGUGAAUGUAUAGAUUACGUAGAGAAGUACGGCAUGAAGUGCGAAGGCAUCUACAGAGUUUCAGGAAUAAAAUCAAAAGUCGAUGAGCUAAAAGCAGCCUACGAUCGAGAAGAAUCUCCCAACCUGGAAGAAUACGAGCCCAAUACUGUAGCCAGCUUGCUGAAACAAUACCUACGAGAACUGCCUGAGAAUUUGCUUACCAAAGAGCUAAUGCCCCGCUUUGAGGAUGCCUGUGGAAAGAGCACAGAAGCUGAGAAGGUUCAGGAGUGCCAGAGGUUGCUGAAAGAGCUGCCGGAGUGUAACCAUCUCCUCAUCUCGUGGCUGGUUGUGCAUAUGGACCACGUUAUUGCAAAGGAACUGGAAACGAAGAUGAACAUCCAGAAUAUUUCCAUAGUGCUCAGCCCUACUGUCCAGAUCAGCAAUCGUGUCCUGUAUGUAUUUUUUACACAUGUCCAGGAGUUCUUUGGGAAUGUGACCCUAAAACAGGUGACAAAACCUCUUCGUUGGUCAAAUAUGGCAACCAUGCCGGCACUUCCAGAAACACAAGAAAGCAUCAAAGAAGAAAUCAGACGGCAGGAGUUCCUACUGAACUGUUUACACCGAGACUUGCAGGCAGGGAUAAAAGACUUAUCCAAAGAAGAGAGACUCUGGGAGGUGCAAAGAAUUUUAACAGCUCUUAAGAGGAAACUGAGAGAAGCUAAGAGACAGGAGUGUGAAACAAAGAUUGCACAAGAAAUCGCUAGCCUUUCAAAGGAGGAUGUCUCCAAAGAAGAAAUGAAUGAGAAUGAAGAAGUUAUAAAUAUUCUACUUGCACAGGAGAAUGAGAUCUUAACAGAACAAGAAGAACUGCUGGCCAUGGAGCAGUUUCUGCGGAGACAAAUUGCCUCGGAGAAGGAAGAAAUCGAUCGCCUUCGCGCAGAAAUAGCUGAAAUACAAAGUCGCCAGCAGCACGGCCGAAGUGAAACAGAGGAAUAUUCUUCUGAGAGCGAGAGUGAGAGCGAAGAUGAGGAGGAACUGCAGGUCAUCCUAGAAGAUUUGCAGAGGCAGAAUGAGGAGUUGGAGAUAAAGAACAAUCACCUGAACCAAGCAAUUCACGAGGAGCGAGAGGCCAUCAUCGAACUGCGCGUGCAGCUUCGACUGCUGCAGCGAGCGAAAUCAGAACAGCAGGUGCAGGAAGAAGAAGAAGCGGAAAAACGCGGGGGUGUUUCUCAGCAGCCAAGAGACAGUGUCCUGGAGACAAAAGCAGCCAAAGAGCAGCCAAAAGCAAGCAAGGAGCAGCAAGUCAAGCCAUCACCAAGUAAAGACAGAAAAGAAACUCCGAUUUGAUCAAGCUCCUUGGAUGUUCAUAAAAUCAACUGAACUGUGCAAAUUACUGUAAUUUGAGUCAAACUGCACAAAUUAUUGCUGGCUGUGUACAUUAUGUAAAGAAACUUCUUUUAAGCCCUGGAGACUUUUGUCUCCAGCACUUGUGGCUUCUACUCAUCAGACUCAGGUGAGUUUAGAAAGUCCAGAAGAGUUUUCCAGUUAGUAUCAGAUUAUUUCAAGACUGGUUUCCUUCAGGUGAUUUAAAAUAAUUCAGUAACAGUUUUAUUUUAAACCAAAACCAUUAUUUACAUUCAUCAGAGCAGAACUGGAGAUCUCUUUUACAGUAAAUGAACAAAAACCCACCCACACUUAUUAAUUAUUUGCCUUGUGAAUCUGCUCAUUCUCAUUCACCAUUAUUUCUGCUUAUUAACCUAGUCACUUCUUGCUUGUGCCUUUGAUACCUUUCUGAUGCAGAUUAUAUACACGGGAGCUUUAAAUUUAUUCUGGGUUGGCUGAAAAGUUGGGAGACUGUGGGGUAUCACGUUUACCUAACAUGCCCUUAAAGUUCUUUUUUGUUUUAAGAUGUACUGAAUAAAUGUAAAACUUUACAGAUGUUAUUUAUGUCUCUGUAUGAUGAAACGUUCAUCAAGAGCCGCUCACCUCUUUUAGCAGUGUAGUUAUCCCAUUUGCUCGUUUAUAAACCAGCCCUCAUCAUACCCGUGUAGGAUAGGCCGUGUUCCUGCUGCUGCCCUAUAGCCAACAGCCUUCUUUUAACCCAUUUCGUGUCUCGGUCCCUCUGAGCGAGCCACUGACGGAUGCUUUAGGCAGUAACGGGGAGAUCUGCCCGACCAAGCAAUACCUAUUUCCAGCUGCGCAAACGCAAAUCGCUUGUGCUUGCUGAACGAGCCUGGAGAAUGACACCAGCUGAAGGCACCGAGGGUCCAGCGAGAGCCUCUUCUUGUUGUUUAAACCCCGCCACCCUGAGACUUGCUUUUGGUUUGGCUGUUUUACUGCCUCCACCCCUCUAAAGCCUCCAGCCAGCCGGCGCUUAAGGGCCGUUAAAUGUUCCAGAUGCUCAUGAGACUUGUCCGUCACGUUAAAGAUAGACAGCAAGCUCCACAGGGUGCAGAGAGCCUGUCGUAUUUUUUAAUCUGGAUAUUUAUUUUCAGCACCUGUUGGAUGUGGUUAUAUUCUGUAUCUAUUGCACUGUUGUGAAUCAUUGGCCAUGAUUUGAUUUUGUACAAAUAAUGCUUUGAUAUGUUAUAGAAAACGGCAUAGUAUUUUUUUAAAAUUUGGGGAAAAAAGUUUAUAAACACAGAAAAAUGUGGUCAGAUGACAAAUGUAAACUAAAGCAUUCUCCCUUGCCUUCGUUACAUACAUUUUAUAUUUGCUGGCAAUAUUUAAACUUUUUUUUUUUGUUUGUUUAUUUCACACUAAUUCCUAUUGAAUUGUCAUGGAUUUUUCUAAUGUUCUUCAGAAAAAUCUCUUAAUAUUGGUUAACUUUUAUUUUGUUAGGAUUGUAUUUAUCAAGCAAAUAAAUUCAACAGCCAUUUGAAAGUA